AUGGACAAAAUUAGUCAUUUGUCGGAUGAUUUACUAAUCAAGAUAUUAUCAUUAGUUCCAACAAAAGAUGCCAUCGCCAUGAGCACUUUGUCUAAACGAUGGAUGUCUCUUUGGACAUUGGUGCCAAGACUUGUCUUUGAUGAUUACUCAGACUCAGAGUCAGAGGAUGAAGAGAAUCAAUCCAGAAACUUGGCGCAGUUUGUUUCCGGGACGUUGCUGUUACAUAAAGCAGCGGUUCUUGAAAGCUUUCAUCUCAACAUUGCUUCUUCAGAAUGUAGCGGUUCCGAGGUUGGUCUAUGGGUUAGAAUCGCAGUUGAUCGUUUAAUCCGUGAUCUCAAGAUAAGUUUUUAUAAUGAUCAUAGCCCUGUUAGGUUGCCAAGUAGGCUUUUUAGAUGUGAGACUAUUGAGACUUUGGAACUCUGUAGAGUGAUUGCUUUGGAAGUACCUUCUUGUUUUAGCUUUCGUUCUCUCAAGAACUUACGCCUUCUCUCUGUGAGGUACUCAGAUGAGGGAUCUUUCUCUAGGUUUAUAUCAAACUGUCCUGUUCUUGAAGAUUUGGUUGUGGAAACUUGUGACGAGGACAAUGUGGUGACAUUCACUGUUAAUGUGCCGUCCCUACAGAGUUUAUCCGUUUCUCGUACAUUACGAGAUUUACCAAAUCCUGAUGAAGUGUUUGUGAUACAUUCCCAUGGUUUGAAGCAGUUGAAAGUUGUGGACUACUAUGGUGAACUUCAUCUGAUAGGUAAUUUGCCCAAACUUGUAGAGGCAAAUCUUCAAUACGAGUGCCUCUAUGCCAAGGUUCUGGAACCUUUUACCUCUGUCAAGCGUCUUUAUCUCUGCUUAUUUGGAGAGGCUCAGUAUCUUACUGGUACCGUUCUAUCCCAGCUUGUAUGUUUGGAGCUAUGUACCUGUGAAGAUAACUGGACUAAAGUGCUUGUGAGUGUGCUCCAGCACGCCCCUAAACUACAAGUUCUCAAGCUUGAGCUGAACCAGGACCAUUGUCUAGCUACGGUUCGUGAUGUUUGUUGGAUCCAGCCCGAGCGUGUUCCUGAAUGUUUGUUGUACCAACUCAAAACACUUGAAUGGAGAAACUAUGGAGGAACACAAGUAGAGAAAGAAGUGGCCAUGUAUUUCUUGAAGAAUGCGAGCCGAUUAGUGACUGCAACUAUCUACCCUGACUCAGUCAAGUUGGCGCGCAAACAUAAGAUGUUUGAGAAACUGGAUAUUGCAACUAGGAGUUCAAGAGCUUGUGAGCUUAGAAUGGGAUAG